CCUCGAACCAUCCCCUCAUCUGUCUUUCAAUCCCAGAUCCUGUCGAUAGCAAAGACAUUCUCUAGCGAUGAUCGAUGACGGAGCGUAAAUUGAGCCGACGCAAUCGACCUUCCACCGCUGGCACUCUGCGAAGCAAUCUCGUUUCUUCUGGAAAGCCCCUGGGAUGCGCGUAGGCAAAGAUGCAGGUACUUUGCGACAGCAGGAUUCCUCGAGACAUCUUUCCGCCAAGAUAUCGCUCGUUUCGACGGUGUCCUCUGCUUCACUCUUCGUGGAUUCUUUCCAGCCAAGUAUUGGAAUCGAUCGACACCAUGAACGAACGCUUGAACAAUCAAUGAGAAGAAGACUUCGCAAAACAGGUGUUCUCUGCGCUGCAGGCUAAUUCCUAGGAGACCCGAGUCCGGAUGACAUAAACCGGCGCAGGACUGUCAGCGCUUACGGAUUCC